AUGAUGGACAUAAAUGCUAAAGGACGGAAUGGCUGCACACCAGUUAUGCAUGCAGCUUGGGCAGGACAGAGGAAUGUGUUCAGCCUCCUUGUGUCACAAAGUGUUGAGAUGGAUCUGCUGGAUCUCUCCAGGAACAAUUUACUGCAUCUUGCUUGUCAGGGAGGAAACACGUCCAUCAUAAAGUAUCUCCUGCCUCUGUUUGACAUCAACAGUCUGGGAGAAGAUGGGUGGACGCCAAUAAUGAUGGCAGCUCUCAGUGGAAAGAUGGAUGCUUAUGAUCUGAUUGCAGCAAAUGGGGGUAUUCCAUUUUUGACUACUCCACAGAAUGACAAUGUUCUUCAUGCAGCUUGUCAAGGUGGGAACAAAGCCAUUGUUAGGAAGGUCACUGACAGCUUUGGCAUCAACACAAGGGGUACGAAUGGUUGCACGCCUCUGAUGAGAGCUGUUGUUGGAGGCCAUAUGAGUGUGGUGAAGUUCCUGAUGGGAUGCUGA